UACAAUUUUUUGUAUUAUCUAAGCUUAAGUGAUCAUUAUUCAUACUUUUCCUUAUCUGAUGUGGAACAUAUUUUCACAAAUCAAAUAUGCUCACAUUUAAAACAAGAAAACGAUCUUAAUAUUUGUAAUAAUCAUUCUCUUUGCAUAAGUACUGACAUUGCACUUAAGGAAUUAGACAAAAGGAUGUUAAGAGAUAAUACAGUAAAUGCUACUAAGUGGUGCCAAUAUUUAAGCUAUUGGAUAUAUGAUAAUAUAGUAAAAAGCAAUAAUUGUGAUAAAAAUGAAUUAUAUAUAAUCAUAGAAGUAUUAAGAAGUUAUUAUCUUACUAUUAGUAAUAACUGUUAUAUAACUAAUUUUAAAUUGAUCAGGAAAAAUUUAUUAACAAGAAAAAACUAUAUUAACUUGGUGAAAUAUUGCAUUUAA